UGACGCCUGCGACGUGACAACGGUCCUAAAUGGGGCGGGGCUCGUAAACAGGAAAUCUAAAUAAAGGAUCGUGCAGAAAUUUACUCGAAAGUAACUCACUUUUUCAGGACAAGUUAAAGGUAACGUUAAAUCUCGUGUGAUGCCGAUUCGCCGAGCAGCAGCGACUCCGACCCCGGAGAAGGCCCCCUCCGCUGCAGCAGAGAAAGAGCCUGAAGCCUCCUCAGAGGAGUCGCCCUCUGCUGACGAGGAGCAGGCCGCGUCUUCGGCUCCGGCAGCCGAGGUCGAGGAGGGCGAGUCCACGGCCGAGCCGGAGCCCACAGAGAACGGAGAGGAGGCCGAGGGAGCGGCGGCGGAGGAGAAGGGAGGAGAAGGGACAGAGAAGAAAGAUGACAAAUGCAAGGACUGCGCGGCUGGACAGUGUGCAACACACUGCUAUGUUCUCCUACUAAGGUUGAAGGAUGGCUACAAGUACGAGAAAGCCAAAGUCAAGAAGGUGAAAAGGACGAUUCCUGCGUGGGCUAGUGUCACUGCCAGCAAAAAGGUUCCCGUUACCAACUAUGCAGGCACUCAAAACAAAGUGGAUAAUAUCCUCAUCGAAGCUAUUACGUCUUGUAACGACAGGUCUGGGGUUUCAUAUCAGUCCGUCAUGAAAUAUAUUGUGAAGAAAUACCCGGUGAUGGAGCUCGACAAGAAGAAGUUUCUCAUCAAGAAGUCUUUGAAGAAACAUUUGGAGAAGGGCACCAUCAAACAGCUGAAGGGUAAAGGCCUUUCGGGAACCUUCGCCAUUGGGAAGCAGACCCCGUUGUCUAAGAAAGCUGCUCAGAAGACAGAGUCUCUGGGAGAUGCUCUUCCUCUCAUCAUCACUCGGCUCUGUGAGCCCAAAGAGGCCUCCUACAAUCUGAUCAAGAAAUACCUGGAGCAGCACUUCCCCAGUCUCAACAUCGAGAGCAGGCCAGAAGUCCUGAAGGCAGCGCUGGUAAAGGCGGUAGAAAAAGGCCAACUGGAACAAAUCACUGGGAAAGGAGCCAGAGGGACUUUCCAGCUGAAGCGAACCGGUAACCAGGUUCUUCUGAAGGGCGGAGCCUUGGAGGACGCCAUCACAGCCGCCAUCACAGCCAUGAAUGAACCUAAAACCUGCAGCACCAACACUCUACGCAAAUACCUAGUAGACGCUAACAAGGAUGGAAGGGAGAACCUAUUAGUGGCCAAACUCAGGAGGACCCUGACAAAGUGUAAAGUACUCGGCUGGAUGGAGCAGAUCACGGGUCACGGCUUCACAGGGACCUACCAGCUCUCGUUCCCUUUCUACCCGAGUCCUACCAUCCUGUACCCAGACAAGUUCAAAGAGAUUCCGCAGAAAAAAGGCCCGCCUCCACCCAGGCAGAGGCGGACGGCUGACUCUUCUGAUGAGGAAGAGGAAGAGUCAGAAGAAGAGGAAGAGUCUGAGGACGAAGCUCCUUCCCGUAGGAGGAAAUCUCAGAAGAGGCCUCCUCCCAAAGCUCGCCGUCCUCCACCGGCCAAGAAAUCUCGGAGCGCUAGUCGGUCAAAACCUAAAAGCAGAGGACGGCCCCUCGCAAAGAAGACUCCGGUAAAGAAAGCGGUGUCUUCAGCCAAGAGAUCAGCGAGGAAACCAUCAGCCUCUAAGAAGGAAUCCACACCGCCACCUAAAGCCACGCCCGUCAAGAGAGGAGCUCCCUCGAGAAAGCCCAAAACGCCGGCUGUUAAAAAGCUGACCAAAAGGGGGUCCAAGCGGCCCGUGUACAGAGAGUCCUCCCCGGAGGAGGAGGUCACGAAGGAGACGACGAGGAGCGGGUCCAAGCGAUCCAAGUCCGAAAAGUCAUCGCAGGAGGAGCCCGCAGUUAAAAAGCCAGCGACCAAAAGUGGGUCGAGGCGGCCCGAGCCUGAAGAGUCAUCCCCCGAAGAAGAGCCUGUAGUCAAAAAGGGGGCGAAGAGCAGCAAGCAGUCCACUCGUAAAUCCAAGAGAGGGAAAUACUGAGUCCAGGAGCGCCUUCCUACGGACUGGGCCUGCUCUGGAUACGCAGCAGUCUGCCGCUUUGUUUCAGUGCUCUCUCUCUUUUUAUCAUUUUCUCCCUUUUUAACGGGGCAGUAGUUUUUAUUUUUGUUUUUGUUUCAUUUUUUUUUUUUAAUUGUAGAAUAAGAACGUUAUCCUACCAGUUAAGUUUAAUGUACAUUGAGAGUUUCUGAAUUUUUCCUUUUUAAUCUCCAUGUGUAGAAAACGCUCAGUUAGCGUUGCCGUUUUAAAAACAGAUGUGUGACCAGCUGCCAGAUCAGGAAAGCAUAGCGAGAUCCGACAUACUGUAACUAGAGCCAUGUAGUGACUUCCGUUUUUAUAUCCGUUCCUCAUCCGAUCUUUAGGUGUUGGAAGCACACGUUCCUAAUAUCAGUGUUGGUUUUUUUGGAGGGUUUAAAAUGAGGUUUUACGUUUAAAAUAUGGGUAAAAAGAUUUAAAACGGUUACUAUAAUAAUGUUUUAUACAACACAGAUUUUAAGGUUAUUAUUACAAUAUUUUGGCCACAUUUAAAUCAGAUUUUUUCUUUUUAUCCAUAUUUGUCCUCCAUAAAAUUAUGAGUAUUAUGAAUUAACAAUGAUUUGAUGUUUUGUUUUGUUUUAUUUAAAACAUAAAAAUUGCCCCCAGAAAAAGAUAAAGCCUGCAGGUUGACAGGUUUAAGGAUUUAACAGAAUAAAAACAGUUAGUAUUCAUUUCAAAGUCACAUUGGGGGGGGAAGUGUCCUUUUUGAUGUGUGUGUGUAAAAACAAAAAAAAAAACAACAUAAUACAUAAAUCGAUUUUAUUGCUUCACAGCUGUAAUUCAGUACCAAACUGUAAGAAAUGUGUGUUGUGAAUAAGAAAAAGGAGGAUAGUAGCUCAUACAUACCCUGCAUGCAUGUAUUCCUUGUGUUGUUAAGCUUUUUUUUUUUUUUUUUCCAAGUCAUGAAUAAAAUGGCUAUAUUUGUAAA